CUCAGCCACUUUUGAACUUUUACUUUUUCUCUAGAUUUCUUCUAUCUGUCGCUAGAUUUGUUCGUAAGCGUGUGCUGUCGAAAAUGCAACAAAUCUCCGUCCUCGCGUUUCUCGCUCAGUUUUCGCUCAGUUCUAAAACGACUGUGGUUGGAGACGUCACGGUCGAGGUGUGCCCAGGGUAUAUUGGGUGUGCCCCUGAAGCUUGUGGGAUUUUCUCAUUUACCGCACGUGGAUUUAGAAGGCGAUUACAAUUUACCAAUAACAAAUACCGUAACAGCGAACUGGGAUGGCUGAUUAUUUGAUCAGCGGCGGUGCUGGUUACGUCCCGGAUGACGGGCUCACAGGAGCUCAGCUAUUUGGAAAUGGAGAUGGGCUGACAUACAACGACUUCAUCUUGCUUCCUGGCUUCAUUGACUUCCAGGCCGAUCAAGUGGACCUGACGUCUGCGCUGACCAGGAAGAUCACGCUCAAGUCGCCUCUGGUCUCGUCGCCGAUGGACACGGUCACGGAGUCGGAGAUGGCCAUCUCCAUCGCGCUCUGUGGCGGGAUCGGCAUCAUCCACAACAACUGCUCGCCCGAGUACCAGGCCAAUGAGGCCCUCAAAGUCAAAAAGUACAAGCACGGCUUCAUCCGAGACCCGUUCGUGCUGUCUCCGAAUCACAAGGUGAAGGAUGUGUUUGAGAUAAAGCGCACGCGCGGCUUCGGCGGCUUCCCGGUGACGGAGAAUGGUCGGCUCGGCGGCCGGCUGCUGGGUAUCGUCACCUCGCGCGACAUCGACUUUCUGGACCACGCCUCGGAGACCACCAUCUCGCAGAUUAUGACCACCGGAGACGCCCUGGUCACGGCGCCCGCCUCGGUCAGCCUCCAGGACGCCAACGACAUUCUGGAAAAGUCCAAAAAGGGCAAGCUGCCCAUUGUCAACGAGAACCAGGAGCUGGUGGCACUGAUAGCGCGCACCGAUCUGAAGAAGUCUCGCACGUUCCCGAUGAGCAGCAAGGACGAGAACAAGCAGCUGCUGGUGGGCGCGGCGGUCGGCACCCGCGAGGAGGACAAGAAGCGUCUGGAGCUGCUGUACCAGGCCGGCGUCGACGUCAUCGUGCUCGACUCCAGCCAGGGCAACAGCGUCUUCCAGAUCAAGAUGAUUCGCUACAUCAAGGACAACUACCCCGAAAUGCAGGUGAUUGGCGGUAACGUGGUGACUGCGGCGCAGGCCAAGAACCUGAUUGACGCCGGCGUGGACGGACUGCGGGUCGGCAUGGGCAGCGGCUCCAUCUGCAUCACACAGGAGGUAAUGGCCGUGGGCCGGCCGCAGGGCACGGCCGUCUACAAGGUGGCCGAGUACGCCCGCCGGUUCGGCGUGCCCGUGAUCGCAGACGGCGGCGUGCAGAACGUCGGGCACAUCACCAAGGCGCUGGCGCUGGGCGCAUCCACAGUGAUGAUGGGCAGUCUGCUGGCGGGCACCACCGAGGCGCCGGGCGAGUACUUUUUCUCGGACGGCGUGCGACUGAAAAAGUAUCGCGGCAUGGGAUCACUGGAGGCCAUGGAGAAGAAACAGGGCACUCAGGGAGACCGCUACUUCCACAAGGAGGGUGAGAAGAUGAAGGUGGCGCAGGGCGUGUCCGGCAGCAUCGUCGACAAGGGCUCGAUCCUGCAGUUUGUGCCGUACCUGCAGGCGGGCAUCCGGCACGGCUGUCAGGACCUGGGCGCCAAGAGCCUCUCCAUCUGCCGCGCGAUGAUGUACAGCGGCGAGCUCAAGUUUGAGCGGCGCACGGGCUCGGCGCAGGCCGAGGGCGCCGUCCACGGCCUCCACUCGUACGAGAAGCGGCUCUUCUAGCGCCGCCCGGAGCCGCCGUCCGAACCCACUGUGCCAUCCCGACCGCCGCGCAGGCCAGUCCGCGUACCUUGUCACCGGCUUCCGAACACGCCGCGCCGUUGGAGCGUGUGUAUUUGUAUCUGACGUUGAGGGGAACAGUGACAAAGUUCUCCGUGUGACCGAGCUCUGUGCGCCAUCGACUAUAACUGAUCUGAGCGCCGACAUGAGCGGAUCUGAGCGCUGACAUGAGCGGAUCUGAGCGCUGAUCUGAGUGUAGGGUGUGUGGGAUGUUGUCUUGGAUGCCGUUUGGGACGCCGCGUUGGGAGUCCCCGGGCCAGUGGGAGUGUGCUGGGUGAACGGGUUGUUUGUCGGUGACUGUCACGGUGGAAGCAGUCGUUGUGUUUACGUGUAAUCGUCUAUGGUACACGUGGAUCAUGUUGGUGUACCGUUGUACGCGGGAUUAGUGGGGCGCCUCUGUAGGGCGCCGCCGCAGUAUGUGACCACGUUGGGCCGGAGGUCGGAGGGCGUUUGGCCGCGGGGCAGGGUGCCGGCUGUCCGUCCUGGGGUCAGGUUCGACCCGAGUCGGGCCGGGUGGUCCCCGCCCGCCGUCCGCCGCCCACUGACGCCAUUAUCGGUCCGUGUUAGCGGCCGUCCGCGGCUCCAUAAGUGUUCACUGCGUGACUGACCACAAUGGAUGACGAUAUUUCUGUCCGACAAACCGGGAACCAAGACAUAGUGUUCGCCGGAGGACAUGCUGGGGACUUCCAGGGCAUUUUUGUUUACUUUUGUACGACUGUUUAUGUUUUCUAUCGGUCUAUAGGGCUAUUUAACUACCCGUGUACGCAUCAUUGCAGGUUAUCUGACGAUUAAAAAACAUUUUCAUUGAGAAUAUAUGCUGCACUGUGCAA